GUUUAAUUCUUUUCUCUCCCGCGGUUGCCCUCUCGCCGGUCCCAAACAUCGCUCCGCGCCGCGGCUGCCGGAGCCGUGGAGUCCGCUGUGCUAUAAGAGCUGCGCGCGGAGCGAAGGCUAGCCUAGCCUGCAUACACAGUCGCUAGCUGCUAGCCUGCUAUACCACGUGUGCGGUGAUAAUGGAGAUGGAGGCGAAGCCGGCGGCGAUGGAGGUGGAGGGGGUCGAGGCGGCGGGGGGCAAGCCGCGGUUCAGGAUGCCGGUGGACUCCGACCUCAAGGCGACGGAGUUCUGGCUCUUCUCCUUCGCGCGGCCGCACAUGGCCUCCUUCCACAUGGCGUGGUUCUCCUUCUUCUGCUGCUUCGUGUCGACGUUCGCGGCGCCGCCGCUGCUGCCGCUCAUCCGUGACACGCUCGGUCUCACGGCCACGGACAUCGGCAACGCCGGGAUCGCGUCGGUGUCGGGCGCCGUGUUCGCGCGUCUGGCCAUGGGCACGGCGUGCGACCUGGUCGGGCCCAGGCUGGCCUCCGCGUCGCUGAUCCUCCUGACCACGCCGGCGGUGUACUGCUCGUCCAUCAUCCAGUCCCCGUCGGCGUACCUCCUCGUGCGCUUCUUCAGUGGCAUCUCGCUGGCGUCGUUUGUGUCGGCGCAGUUCUGGAUGAGCUCCAUGUUCUCCGCGCCCAAGGUGGGGCUGGCCAACGGCGUGGCCGGCGGCUGGGGCAACCUCGGUGGCGGCGCCGUCCAGCUGCUCAUGCCGCUCGUGUACGAGGCCAUCCACAAGAUCGGUAGCACGCCGUUCACAGCGUGGCGCAUCGCCUUCUUCAUCCCAGGCCUGAUGCAGACGUUCUCGGCCAUCGCCGUGCUGGCCUUCGGGCAGGACAUGCCCGGCGGCAACUAUGGGAAGCUCCACAAGAGCGGGGACAUGCACAAGGACAGCUUCGGCAACGUGCUGCGCCACGCCCUCUCCAACUACCGCGGCUGGAUCCUGGCGCUCACCUACGGCUACUGCUUCGGCGUCGAGCUCACCAUCGACAACGUCGUGCACCAGUACUUCUACGACCGCUUCGACGUCAACCUCCAGACCGCCGGGUUCAUCGCCGCCAGUUUCGGGAUGGCCAACAUCAUCUCCCGCCCCGGCGGCGGUCUCCUCUCCGACUGGCUCUCCAGCCGGUACGGCAUGCGCGGCAGGCUGUGGGGGCUGUGGACCGUGCAGACCGUCGGCGGUGUCCUCUGCGUGGUGCUCGGCAUCGUUGACUUCUCCUUCGGCGCGUCGGUCGCCGUGAUGGUGCUCUUCUCCUUCUUCGUCCAGGCCGCGUGCGGGCUCACCUUCGGCAUCGUGCCGUUCGUGUCGCGGAGGUCCCUGGGCCUCAUCUCCGGCAUGACCGGCGGCGGGGGCAACGUGGGCGCCGUGCUGACGCAGUACAUCUUCUUCCACGGCACCAAGUACAAGACGGAGACGGGGAUCAAGUACAUGGGGCUCAUGAUCAUCGCGUGCACGCUGCCCAUCAUGCUCAUCUACUUCCCGCAGUGGGGCGGCAUGUUCGUCGGCCCGCGGAAGGGGGCCACGGCGGAGGAGUACUACAGCCGGGAGUGGUCGGAGCACGAGCAAGAGAAGGGGUUCAACGCGGCCAGCGUGCGGUUCGCCGAGAACAGCGUGCGCGAGGGCGGGAGGUCGGCGUCGGCGUCGGGCGGCGGCCAGCCCAGGCACACCGUCCCCGUCGACGCGUCACCGGCAGUCGUCGACGUGUGAAGAAUGCAACGCACAGCAAUGUAGUACAAUUGAUGGUACGUGUCAGUUUGACCGCGCGCAGUACGUAGAGUACAGUGAGGGUAGUGUACGUGUGUGUCGUGGCCCGCGCGGUGGCCUUAGGGAUUUGGGAGCACUGCAAACGGUACUCCAGAUACAUAAUACAGGGUUUGAUUUACUGUGGAUCGGCACUUGGUGGUGUGCUCCCUUCGGUUGUGAAUUGUGAUGGUUAUUAUACAACUUUUGAUGUGAUAUAC